AUGGCCGUGUCCGUUGCUGUGAAGACCUUAAUAGUGUGUUACUAUGGAAACGAGGUUACCAUCGAGAGCGAGUCGCUAACCACCGUCUGUUUCCACGCGCACGUUCGAGUCUGGGAUCGGAGCUUCCACAGAGCGCUGCUCAUGAUGAUCAAGAAGACCCAGGAACCGAUACAAAUCGCAGCGGGAAACUUCGUACCGAUCUCCUUGAGCACAUUUAUCUGGAUUAUACGGUCAUCUUACAGCUAUUUCGCCGUUCUUCGCAGUCGAAACGAUGCAAUUUCUUCUUAAUCAGUGAUAG